UCUCGCUGCGUGCGUCUAUAACUUUGUGUUGCUUGCUGCUGCUGGUGGUUAGGAGAAGGAAUGUGGAAGUCAGUAGAGUGCAGGGUGACAGGCUGGUCGGGCGAGCUGCAGCAGCAGCAUUAUUUCUCGCUGGCAGAUCAUUUGCUUUUCCCCUUCUGUUUACAGAGGUAUCGUACGGUUUUUUGCUUUCUCCUCCUUUGCCUUUAAAGGGAAGGCGACUAGAAGCUGAAGACGCAGCAGCAGGAGAAUCAGGAAACCAUGCACCAGCGCUGCUUUUUCCUCCUGUGAAUCUGGAUCUUUAUUUUUGCUGGAGAGGGUAGAGGUUGCUGCUGGUUCUUCCCCUGCCCUCCUUCCCCUGCCGAUGUGUCUUCCUCUGUCUCUUUUGCCAGUGUUUUUUAAAUGACUUGAGCGAAGGGGGGAAAACUGUCAAGAUGGCAGCAGCAGGAGCAAGGAGGUUAUGAAUGUGGUGUUGAUGCUGGAACAAAACCCAUCCUCUUGGCAGCCCUACGGAGGGCUUAAAGCUUCUGGACCUGUUGGAAGACUGGUGAUUUGAUUUGUUUUUGUUUUGCUUUCCUCGCAAGAAGGGUGAAAAAUCCAGAGUGGCGUUUUCUUCCCCUGUUCGGUUGGUUGUGAAAUUUAGUUUUGUAUAUACAGAUCUAUAUAUUUUUUGGAAAGUGGAAUGCAUAACUACGGCAAAUGCUAGUGUGCAAUUGGAGGUACAUUAAGACUUCAGCUCCCUUUGGGGCGUUUUGAAGGAGGAAAAAGUCAUCCAUGUAAUGUGAAGGACCCCUCUCUCUUUUCCCCGGACAGAGAGAGAGAAAAAGGAAAACGUCCACCAGAGCAGCCGGGAGCAGGCUUGGUGGUGUUGGAGGGGUCUCUCUCCGAUGGAUACAGCGUGAUUGCCAGUGGAGCACUUCUGCAGCUGCAUGGAGUGAAACAUAAACAAACACACACCACUGAGCUGCACCAACUCCACUGCGUUUGGGCUGCUGUUGGCGCCAUCCCCCCACCCAUCUGGUUCCAGAGGCUCAUCUGGAACCUCUGGCCUCGCCUGAUCCCUUAUUGAUCGCCUUGUGAUUAUUAGUAGUAUUUUGUGUGUGUGUGUGUGUGCACUGUCUGCUGGGAGAGGGGGCGGGGGAAGGCAGAAGGCAGGAGGCUGCAGGACUUUAAUGGAGAGUGGCAUGUUCACUCGCUCCCCCCUGCCUGGUAGGCACUGAUCCGCAGCGGCAGGAGGAGGACUGGGGUCCGGACCUGUCUAUCCCAUCGCAGCACCAGGAGCAGCAGCAGCGGGAGGAGGGGAAGCCAAGAUGGCAGAGGCGUCUCCCCCUGCCCCCCUCUCCCCUCUAGACGUGGAGCUGGACCCCGAGUUCGAGCCCCAGAGCCGGCCCCGCUCCUGCACUUGGCCCCUACAAAGGCCUGAGCUGCAGGCGAGCCCGGCCAAGCCCUCGGGGGAAGCGGCCGCGGACGCCGCCUCCAUGAUCCCCGAGGAGGAGGACGACGAGGAGGAAGGGGGCAGCUCGCCCAUGGCCAUCGGCAGUGCCGUCCCCGGCGGCGGCGGAGGGGAAGCGCUGGCCCCGGAGGAGGCGGCCCGGCUGCUGGCCCCGCUGUCCGGGGUCGGGACGGAGGGCUCGGGCCAGGCCCCCGGGGCAGCGGCGGCUGGGGGCAGCGGGCUGAGUGGGGGGCAGCCGGCGGCGGCGCCGCGGAAAUGCUCGUCCCGGCGGAACGCGUGGGGCAACCUGUCCUACGCCGACCUGAUCACCCGCGCCAUCCAGAGCGCCCCGGACAAGCGGCUCACCCUGUCCCAGAUCUACGACUGGAUGGUGCGCUGCGUGCCCUACUUCAAGGAUAAGGGCGACAGCAACAGCUCGGCCGGCUGGAAGAACUCAAUCCGGCAUAAUUUGUCACUUCACAGUCGAUUCAUCAGGGUACAGAAUGAAGGAACUGGGAAAAGCUCUUGGUGGAUGAUUAAUCCAGAUGGUGGAAAAGGUGGGAAGCCCCCACGGAGACGCGCUGUUUCAAUGGACAAUAGCAACAAAUACACAAAGAGCAGAGGCCGAGCAGCUAAGAAAAAGGCAGCCCUGCAAGCUGCACAAGAAGCUACCGAGGACAGCCCGUCUCAACUUUCCAAGUGGCCAGGGAGCCCAACUUCCCGCAGCAGUGAUGAGCUGGAUGCUUGGACAGAUUUCCGCUCUCGUACAAAUUCAAAUGCCAGUACAAUAAGUGGCCGUUUGUCACCGAUAUUGGCGAGUACCGAACUAGAUGACGUUCAGGAUGAUGAUGCUCCACUUUCUCCAAUGCUGUACAAUAGUCCAUCAAGCAUGUCCCCAUCGGUAAAUAAACCAUGUACUGUUGAGUUGCCUAGGUUGACUGAUAUGGCAGGCACAAUGAACUUGAAUGAUGGACUGACAGAUAACCUCAUCAUGGAUGAUCUUUUGGACAAUAUAACGCUCCCCUCUCCCCAGCAGUCACCAUCAGGGGGGCUCAUGCAAAGAAGCUCCAGUUUUCCAUAUGGUUCCAAAGGUUCUGGACUUGGUUCUCCAUCAAGUAAUUUCAACAGUGCUGUGUUUGGACCAUCAUCUCUGAAUUCCCUUCGUCAGUCUCCCAUGCAGACCAUUCAAGAGAACAAGCAAGCUACCUUUUCUUCCAUUUCUCAUUAUAACAACCAGACGCUGCAGGAUCUGCUGGCAUCUGAGUCACUUAGUCACAGUGAUGUCAUGAUGACGCAGUCUGAUCCACUCAUGUCUCAAGCCAGCACUGCUGUGUCUGCCCAGAAUUCACGCAGGAGUAUCAUGCUUCGUAGUGAUCCAAUGAUGUCAUUUGCUGCUCAGUCCAACCAGGGAAGUUUGGUCAACCAGAACCUGCUCCACCACCAGCAUCAAUCUCAGAAUUCUUCUCUUGGUGGCAGUCGUGCCUUGUCAAAUUCCAUCAGUAACAUGGGCUUAAAUGAUACGAACAACUUAGGGUCGGCCAAACACCAGCAGCAGUCACCCGUCAGUCAGUCUAUGCAAACCCUUUCUGACUCACUCUCAGGCUCUUCUUUGUAUUCCACUAGUGUGAACCUUCCAGUCAUGGGGCAUGAUAAAUUCCCAAGCGAUUUGGACCUGGAUAUUUUCAAUGGAAGCUUGGAAUGUGACAUGGAGUCCAUUAUCCGCAGUGAACUCAUGGAUGCAGAUGGGUUGGAUUUUAACUUCGAUUCCCUCAUCUCAGCUCAGAACGUUGUCAGUCUGAAUGUGGGGAGCUUCACUGGUGCUAAGCAGGCUUCGUCACAGAGUUGGGUGCCAGGCUGAAGGAUCUUUGAGAAAAGGGGAAAUGGGCAAAGCAGGCCCUUAAACUGACACGAGACCUAAAGAGAGAACCCUUUGCCAAAUCUGCUGUCAGCAAGUGGACAGUGAUACCGUUUACAGCUUAUGUUCUUUGUGAACCCUGCAUUAUUUUCCUAACGAAGCAGAGACUGUUAAUGGGCCCCUUACCCAAGCGAAGAGCCUCCUUUUUCGGAAUUGAACUCGUUCUAAAGUAUGCAAAAUCUUCCUUUUAUGGGAUGGUCAAGCACCUACUGUGGAGACAAUGUUCAGCACCAUCCUGUUGAGAACACACUGUGUAGCCUUUACCGUAGUUAUUUGUCAAUGAGUAUGUGGUGUUUCAAUAUAUUAAUGGUUUAUGGGUUAUUUUAAUUUGGCUUCUAUUUUGGGGGGUUUCCCCAUCUCAUCCCUUUAACCUUCAGUUUGUUUGUUUUUUUAAAGAUGUUUUAACCAUUUUCUCUUUCUCUCCUGGUGCAUCUGAAAUACAGUGUAUGCACAAUGAAAGGCUAUACUAAUUACCAUUACCCAACAUAGCUUCAGACAUCAGCACUACCUGAGUAUGUAGCAUUCAUUACACCAAGCAACUGACUGAAGUCCAGAGAGAGGUGGCUUGUGGGUUUUGUUUGUUUGUUUGUUUGUUUUGACUUUUUUUCAAAUCUUUUCUUCAAUUUAAUGGUACAUACCUUGUUUUUCCAUAAACAUCAAACCAGAGUUGAUUACAUAACAAGAGAAACUAGCAAGGUUGCUAGUUGUCAGUCCUGUCCAGUGUUUGUAAGGACUGAGUGAGGGUGCCAUUUCAUAGUGUUGACUGAUUCAGCACCUGAUUGAUUUGAUCGAUCUCACCUAUUGCAUUAUGUUAGCAGAGCUGCCCUAAUGGUUGCAGUGAAUAGAAUUAGUCUGCCUCAGCAGUUUGGAAACUGGUUGAUCUUAAAACAAGUAAUAAGAUAGGCUGUCCACCCAACACAGGUUAAAUGUAACCACUUGUAAGGAUAUGGUUUAAAAAGGAAAGGGAAGUAAAAUAUAUGACAUUGCAGAAAAGAUAACUUACAGUAUAUGCAUCAACAGUGACUUACAGUAGAGUCAUCAGAAGUUCAAAUGCAGAUCACUGCAGGGUAAGUUAUUACAUCAGUGAUUUUUCUUACAUACAUAUCCUUGAUUAUUUUUUCCUUCUCACUAUGCGUAACCCAAUCUGAAAGAAGAAGCUGUAGAGGGAAAGGCAAGAAAGUAAUGCUAUACAAACAGCUUUUCAUAUAAGCUUAGAUAGUAAUUGGAUAAAUGACACUGAAAGACAAGGCCGUUUUAUAUGUUUUGCUUAUAUGGGUUUCUUUUGUAAAAUGAAUAACAAUGAAUGAAUAAUAAUGAAUAAAAGGUAUGGUGCUGCUGUAUAGAUUCUCUCUAUAAUCUGGAAAGCUUGAUUACUUUUUAUUACUAUUUUGGGGGGGGGGAGGAAAAAAGAGGAGGAAACACCAAUGGUACAUAAGAACUUGGUAUGAAGACGCUCUGAAUAGGACAGUGUAUACAUACUUCUCCAAAGUGAUAUAUGAAGACUUUUUUCUUUGCAUAAAAGCAUUAUGCAUAUAAAUAUAUAAAUAUAUUUUAUUAUGUACAGAAAUGGAUCAUUAUGCAUGGAUGUUAGGAAAACAAACUAGCAUUUUAACCCAAAGUUUCAGUGCAUGAGUUCCCACUGACACAUCUACCAUGCAAUGUGGAGUGACUCCCUUUCGCCACCACCACACAUGCACGCAUACACACACACAAACUCACACACACACAUUUGUGGGCCCCAUCUUGCUCCUUACUUUCCAGUUCCCUGAAGUAAUAUUGGUGAAAUAACAGCUCCUAGUGUGAUGGAAAAUUUGUUUUGUAUUGUAACCUCAUGCUUGUGCUGUUCUAUUUUAUAGAUGAACCUGUUGAUUUCAUCCUGCCCUUUACUGAAUAUGUAAACUCUGUGCAGUUGUGAUUAUAGUAGACCCAUAGCAUAUCAAGCAGCUAAGAGUUUAUCAUUUUCAUUAAAUGAAACAACAUUUUUUUAAAUUAAGGUGGUCUAUUUAUCAAUGGCAGGGACUAGUUUAUUGUUUUUUUCUUUAUCAUCAGAAUUAGUUGAUGAUUCACAUUACUGAUCUUCCCAUUUGAGGUGAUAUUUCGGGUAACCAGCUACCCAGUACGAUAUGGUGUACAGCAGUCAUCUGUUUUAGGGGUCAGUUCACUUACAAGAGUCCAGAUGCAGGCACCUUUUACCAAAGUUAGUAAAGAGCUUUAUUGCAAGCCUUCACUGUACUCGGUGUGUAUAACAGUAUCUGUCAGGUUUUUGGUACAUCAUUAAAUGUGAAUUAAACUGA